GGAUUUAAUGCUUGGUUGUUGCUUCCUGUUGUUAAAGAUAUUGAAGAACCCAACACACAGAGGCUUCUUUCUCAACCAGUUAUUGUGUCUUCCAAGCUCCAAAUCCCUGGUCUACCCUUGCGCUGGGAACAGCAGAGCAAGCUCCUUCCAAGCGUAGCUGGGAUCCCAGCCAGUAAAGUUUCUAAGUGGAGUACAGAUGAGGUCUCUGAAUUUAUACGGAGCUUACCAGGAUGUGAAGAACAUGGCAAGGUGUUUAAAGAUGAGCAAAUUGAUGGAGAAGCAUUUCUGCUAAUGACCCAAUCGGACAUAGUAAAAAUAAUGAGCAUUAAACUAGGACCAGCCCUAAAAAUCUUUAAUUCCAUUCUGAUGUUCAAAGCUGCAGAGAAGAACUCACACAAUGAACUUUGAAGAUAAUGGAAAAUGUGUACAAGCCGACUUUCUCCCCUGGAGCUCAUGUUUUAUUCAAAGCACAAAGACUCGCUUUGUUGAGUAAGGACUCUCAGAAAAGAAGAAACUUAUGUUCAGCACUGGUGGACUAUUUAUAUUCUCCUAGAGCCAGUACACAUCUGAAUCCUUCUGGGAAGUGUUCAAGCUUUUGAGAAGGUACUGUGUAACAGCCGAGUUAGCUAGUCUUAUGUACCAAACUAAUGGCGCUAAUUCUCCAUGGAUGGUUGGGAUCUCUGACUUUCUCUGGACAUCAAGAAACCGUCAUUAAUUAUUUAUGCUGUAUUAUAUAAGGGAACCAUAAUAUUUUCUAAGGAUUCUUCAAUUAUACUUCAUGUACCCAUUUUACUUUUCAGAAGCGUUUGCUUCAUACUAUCAAAAUUAAAACUGAUUAGCCAAAACUUAGGCUACAGGUAGCCAGAUGAGACUGUUAUGGCUAAUACGUAUUUGUGCCAUAGUUUAAAAAUGAAACACUUAAUGUUACAUAUGUGACACUUUAUGCUAUAGCACAUAACUUUACAGAUUAUAAAACUGUCUGUUUGCUUGUAACAAAA